CCAGCUUAUCACCACCACUUAUGGGUCGCCUCCUCAUCUCCAUAUAAAACCACUAUUUUCCUGCAAAUAAUGUCGUGUGUUUCCAAUUCACUUCUCCUCCGCCAUAUGUUAGAGAGAGAAAGCCCAGAUUUCUAGAGAGAGAGAGAGAAAAGAAAGGGGGAAAAAAAGCUCUGCCCUUCAGGGGAUCUGUCUUCCUCUUCGUCUCCAUCUACUUGUUCUUGGAUCUCUCUUUCUCUGGUUCAAAGUUUUGAUUUCUAGAUCUGGAAACACAUGCUGUUUUUUCUCUGGGGGUUGAAGAUUAGGUAGCUACAAAUACAAUGUCAUCUCUCAGCAGAGAACUUGUGUUCUUGAUCUUACAGUUUCUAGAUGAGGAGAAGUUCAAAGAAACUGUUCACAAGCUUGAACAAGAGUCUGGUUUUUUCUUUAACAUGAAGCAUUUUGAGGAUGAAGUGCACAAUGGAAACUGGGAUGAGGUUGAGAAGUACCUCUCUGGUUUCACCAAAGUGGACGACAAUCGGUAUUCGAUGAAAAUAUUCUUUGAGAUUAGAAAGCAGAAGUAUCUUGAAGCUCUGGACAUGCGUAAUCGGCCCAAGGCAGUUGAAAUCCUUACAAAGGAUCUUAAAGUUUUUGCCUCUUUUAAUGAAGAGCUGUUUAAGGAGAUUACCCACCUUUUGACAUUGGACAAUUUCAGGGAAAAUGAGCAGUUGUCAAAAUAUGGAGAUACAAAGUCCGCAAGAGCGAUAAUGUUGGUUGAGCUCAAGAAGCUCAUUGAAGCAAAUCCUUUGUUCCGUGACAAGUUGCAGUUUCCUGGCCUAAAAAACUCAAGAUUACGUACGCUCAUCAACCAAAGUUUAAAUUGGCAGCACCAGCUAUGCAAAAACCCACGGUCAAAUCCAGAUAUCAAGACUCUUUUUGUUGAUCACGCUUGUGGACAACCAAAUGGCUCCCAUGCUCCUUUGCCUGCAAGCAACCAUUUACUCGGACCAGUUCCCAAACCCGGAGGUUUCCCUCCUCUUGGUGCCCACGGGCCUUUUCCACCGGCGCCCACUCCAGUCCCAGCUCCACUUGCUGGUUGGAUGUCCAACGCACCCACAGUGAACCAUCCAGCUGUUUCUGGGGGACCCAUGGGUUCUGCAGGACCCAUGGGCCUCGGUGCUUCAUCCAUUCCAGCUGCUCUCAAGCAUCCAAGGGCCCCAACAGCAAAUCCUGUUGAUUAUCCAACCGUGGAUUCUGAUCAUGUCAGUAAAAGACCAAGGUCACUGGGAAUAGGUGAUGAGGUCAACCUUCCGGUCAAUGUGAUGCCGGUAUCAUUCCCAGGGCACGGCCAUAGCAGCAGCCAGGGGGGUCACAGUAGUGCACAUGAUGACCUUCCAAAGACCGUAGUGAGAACACUUAACCAGGGUUCAUCUCCUAUGAGCAUGGAUUUUCAUCCGGUUCAACAAACCUUGCUUCUAGUUGGGACCAAUGUUGGAGACAUAGCUUUGUGGGAAGUUGGUUCACGGGAGAGAUUGGUUUUGCGAAACUUCAAGGUGUGGGAUUUGAGUGCAUGUUCGAAUCAAUUGCAGACGGCACUAGUAAAAGAUCCAGGUGUUUCUGUUAAUUGCAUAACUUGGAGCCCCGAUGGCUCGUUAUUUGGGGUGGCAUAUUCAAGGUUUAUUGUACAAAUAUAUUCUUAUCAUGGAAACGACGAUGUGCGCCAGCAUUUGGAGAUUGAUGCUCAUGUUGGUGGUGUAAAUGACCUUGCAUUCUCUCAUCCUAAUAAGCAACUCUGCGUGAUAACUUGUGGGGACGACAAGACCAUAAAGGUGUGGGAUGCAGCCAAUGGUACAAAACAGUACACAUUUGAAGGACAUGAGGCUCCAGUGUAUUCUGUGUGCCCUCACCAUAAAGAGAGUGUUCAAUUUAUUUUUUCAACGGCGAUAGAUGGGAAAAUAAAGGCAUGGCUGUAUGAUAAUAUGGGAUCCCGCGUGGAUUAUGAUGCCCCAGGUCGCUGGUGCACUACAAUGGCCUACAGCGCUGAUGGAACAAGACUUUUUUCAUGUGGAACAAGCAAGGACGGGGAGUCCCACAUUGUUGAAUGGAACGAAAGCGAAGGAGCUGUCAAGAGGACAUACCAAGGUUUUCGGAAGCGCUCCUUUGGAGUCGUUCAAUUUGACACCACCAAAAACAGGUAUUUGGCUGCCGGCGACGAUUUCUCCAUAAAGUUUUGGGAUAUGGACAAUGUUCAAAUGUUGACAAGCAUUGAUGCAGAUGGAGGACUUCCGGCAAGCCCGCGAAUCCGAUUCAACAAGGACGGCACUCUAUUGGCUGUUUCUGCUAAUGAGAAUGGGAUAAAGAUUCUAGCAAACACUGAUGGCAUACGCUUACUUCGCACCUUUGAAAAUCUUGCUUAUGAUGCUGCAAGAGCAUCUGAAAAUGCCAGCAAGCCUACGAUUAACUCAAUCUCUGUAGCAUCAGCUAGUAAUGCUGGAUUUGCUGAACGAGUAGCCUCUGCCGUUGGAACCUCUGGAAUGAAUGGGGAUGCAAGAAACAUGGGGGAUGUAAAGCCAAGGAUCACAGAAGAGAUAAAUGACAAAUCAAAAGUUUGGAAGCUAUGUGAAAUCACUGAACCUUCUCAAUGUCGGUCCUUGAAGCUGCCAGAGAAUUUGCGAGCAACAAAGAUCUCAAGGUUAAUAUACACAAAUUCGGGGGGUGCUUUAUUGGCAUUAGCAUCAAAUGCCAUUCACCUUCUGUGGAAAUGGCAACGUGGAGACCGUAAUUCUAGUGGCAAGGCAACUGCCAGUGUGGCACCCCAAUUAUGGCAGCCUUCAAGUGGCAUCUUGAUGACCAAUGACGUGGCAGACAAGAACCCCGAGGAUGCUGUCCCGUGUUUUGCUCUAUCUAAAAAUGACUCUUAUGUGAUGUCAGCAUCCGGCGGGAAGAUAUCCCUCUUCAACAUGAUGACAUUCAAGACAAUGACAACCUUCAUGCCUCCCCCACCAGCAGCGACGUUUCUUGCUUUCCAUCCUCAAGAUAACAAUAUCAUUGCCAUUGGCAUGGACGAUUCUACAAUCCAAAUAUAUAAUGUUCGUGUGGACGAGGUCAAGAGCAAACUCAAAGGGCACUCCAAAAGAGUAACCGGGCUCGCCUUCUCACAUGUACUUAAUGUGCUGGUUUCAUCAGGAGCCGAUGCACAGCUUUUUGUGUGGAGUUCGGACGGAUGGGAGAAGCAGAAGUCCAAGUUUCUCCAGCUUCCUCCAGGGAGAGCCUCUGUACAGUCAGACACUAGAGUGCAGUUUCAUCAGGACCAAAUUCACUUCCUGGUCGUUCACGAGACUCAGCUUGCCAUUUAUGAAGCCACAAAGUUAGAAUGUGCUAAACAGUGGGUCCAACGGGAGGUAGCCGCACCAAUAUCACACGCGACAUUCUCGUGUGAUAGUCAGCUGGUGUACGCCAGUUUCUUAGACGCGAGCGUGUGCAUAUUCACUGCUGCAAAUCUUUGUCUCAGAUGCCGUAUUGCUCCUUCCGCUUAUAUCCCCCCGGGUCUCAGCUCAGGUGUACAUGCACUCGUAGUAGCGGCUCACCCGCAAGAUCCGAAUCAGUUCGCGUUAGGGCUCUCAGANCGGAUGCGUCCUAGUAUUCGAACCACUCGAAUCUGAGGGCAAAUGGGGAAUUCCGCCGCCGCUAGAGAACGGGUCAUCAAGCACGGCCGCGGGCCCUGAUCAACCUCCGAGAUGAUGAUCGACCGGGAUGAGAUUUUCGUCGAAUUUGGAUGUAAAUACCUGUUGUUGUUGCUGGAUGCACCAUAUUUUUUUUCACCUUACUGUUUGUGGUUUAGGAGACUAACCUGCUGAUUUCUUCUUGCAGUCCAGAAGUUGAUUUUGGGUCUUAUAACAUUUUCCAAAUAUGUAAUCUCAAGGGUUAGAAUUUAAAGCUCUCUUAAUUGUAUUCUUCAAUUUGAAGUUCUUAUUCAAGUGGUAGACCUCAUUGGUUAUAACAAAAAAUGAUUUUAUAGUUUGGUGGUUGGUUAUAUUA